AUGGAAACCUUUAGUACAAAGGCAGAAGAUAUCCUUGAUAAAGUAGGACAACCUUUAAAACCUUAUAUCCCAGCCAUGUCAAGAUUCCUUAUUGUUGCUACAUUCCUUGAAGACUCCUUACGUAUUGUCACUCAGUGGAGAGAUCAACUUAGCUUUAUGCAAGACGUCAGACACUUCCCAAGAGGUCUUAGUCAUUUAUUCCUUGGCCUUAAUGUUUUGGUCAUGCUCAGUGCCUCUUCCUUGAUCAUCGCUAAAAGGCAUCAAGCAUAUGCUAUUUAUGGUCUCAUGGGCGUGAUUGUCAGUCAAGCUUUUGGAUAUGGCUUAGUUUUUGAUAUGUCCUUCUUUUUACGUAACUUGUCAGUGAUGGGUGGUCUAAUGAUGGUCUUGUCCGAAACUAUGGUUAAACGCAAACAAAUGUUUGCUGCUUUACCACAAAUUUCAGAAACAAACCGUCGCAUGUACAUACAACUCGCAGGUCGUAUCUUGCUUAUCUUUCUCUUCAUUGGUUCCGCUUUCCAUGGUGAUUGGUCUUUAAUGCGUAUUGUUGUCUCUCUCGUUGGCUUGGCUGCAUGUGUCAUGGUAGCUGUUGGCUUCAAAGCAAAAUGGUCAGCCAUGUUCUUGGUUCUCUUCUUAUCUGUUCUGAAUGUAUUUGUCAACAACUUUUGGUCAGUUCAACACAGUUACUACAAGCGCGAUUUCUUAAGAUACGACUUCUUCCAGUCUUUAAGUACAGUUGGUGGUUUCUUGUUAUUGGUCAGCACUGGCCCUGGUGGGUUAAGUUAUGAUGAAAAGAAGAAGGAAUUUUAA